CGUUUUUAAUUUCCCAUAACCAGAAAAAGCUUCAAAACUCCCAAAAAAAUCAAACCCAUCUCCAUUGUUUGCUUCUAUUAUCUUUUGUGCAAUCAAGACUAGCCGAUCCGCCACGAAAUAUGAACAGGAAGGAAAUGGAUCGGAUCAAGGGCCCGUGGAGCCCUGAGGAGGACGACGCGCUGCAGAGCCUGGUGCAGAAGCACGGACCUCGGAACUGGUCCUUGAUAAGCAAGGCAAUUCCUGGGAGGUCCGGCAAGUCGUGCCGGCUCCGGUGGUGCAACCAGCUCUCGCCGCAGGUGGAGCACCGCGCUUUCACCGCGGAGGAGGACGACACCAUCAUCCGGGCCCACGCGCGGUUCGGGAACAAGUGGGCCACAAUUGCCAGGCUGCUCAACGGCCGCACCGACAACGCGAUCAAGAACCACUGGAACUCGACGCUCAAGAGGAAGUGCUCUUCGAUUAGCGACGAAGGGUUCGUGGGGGGAGGGUACGAAGGUCAUUUCUCCGAGCAGCCGCCUCUGAAGAGGUCGGUGAGCGCCGGGUCGGGGCUGCCCGUGUCCACGGAGCUGUUCAUGAACCCGGGCAGCCCGUCCGGGUCGGAUUUGAGCGACUCUAGCGUGCAGGUGAUGUCACCCUCCCACGUGUACAGGCCCGUGGCGCGAUCUGGCGGGGUUCUACCGCCAGUAGAAACGACGUCGUCUUCCAAUAACAACAGAAAUAUCAACCUCAACAGUGAUCCUCCAACUUCUCUAUCUCUCUCGCUCCCGGGUGUUGACAGCUGUGAGGUGUCUAACCCAUUGGGUGCGGCCGAGUCGACGCAGAACCACCAGGCUGCGGCUGCUGCUGCUAAUCAGCCGGCGGCGUACGAUCAGAUGAGGAGCUUUCCGGCGGAGCUGCUGGAGCUGGUGCAGGGGAUGAUAAAGGAGGAGGUGAGGAGCUAUAUGGAGGGGUUGGAGCAGAGUGGGUUUGGGGUGAUGAGGCAGCAGAAUACUGGGUUUAGGAAUGUUGCGGUGAAGCGAAUUGGGAUCAGCAGAAUUGAGUGAGUUAGUGGGUAGUUUGAGUGGGAAGCUCAAUGCAAGGGUUUGAGCUUUGGAGGAAGUAAGGGGUAGUUUUUACUAGAUAGGGGAAAGGGUGCAAAAAUGGUGGAAGUUGGGGGGAGCAGAAGAUAAAACUGGGCUGGUUGGGGGCUGGCUGGAGUGUUCUUUUAAUUUUUUCGCUUUCGUUAGGAAAAAUAAUUUUAAUAAUAUCGGUUAAUGUACAGAGUAAUGAGAGAGAUGAUGAUGAUGAAAAAGCCAUCCAUGAAAAAUUUAAGAAAAAAAGAAGAAAAAAAAGUAG